AUGACCACCUAUGAAACUACAGAAGAGACAGUUCCUGAUGUUCCUUUAGUAUUCGUUUCAAAUCCAUAUUUGGACGAGCUUACAAGUAAUAUACGCUCACGUCCAAUCCCUUGGGAUGGCUAUCAAAAAGCAACUCUUAUAACCCAAGAAGAAGCUGAUCUUUUGAAAAAAGUUGAUAAACAAAGUCUUGAACAAUUAAAAGUGGUGAUGCAAAAGGAUGCAGAAAAGUAUGCAGAUUUAUACACAAAUCUCUUGGAAAAAUUAAAUCGAGUUGAUACAGUUCAAUAUAUAUUGGUUUUAGUUAGUGAGAUGUUAUCAGAUGAAGAACAACGUGUCCAAUAUUUCCAUAAAGUUUCUGAAAAGGAUGCUGAACUUCCUUUUCGUAUCCUUCUAAAAUUGUUAAAUAUUGAAGACGAAUUCGUAAAUUUAAUGUCUGCCAAAAUCCUUACCUUAUUAAUUGUCUCAGCUCAAAAACCUCUUCCUUUUGAUCUUGAAGAAUUUUAUCGCUGGAUCACUUUGAAACUUAAGAGUAAUAACCCUAAUGUAUGCGACCUUGCGGUUCAGAUACUAGAUUCAACUUUGAGAGUUCCUGGUUAUCGUUUGAAGCUUUGGGAAGCUCCACAAGCUAUAGACGCGUUGGUUAAUCUCCUUAAGGUCAGAAAUCCCACACCUCAAAUGCAAUAUCAAAUUAUUUUUUGUUUCUGGCUGUUGACGUUUGAACGAGCAGUAUCAUUGGAAUUUAACAAAAAAUACGAUUUAAUUCCUACAUUGAUCAAUAUUGCUAAAGGUGCCAUUAAAGAAAAGAUAAUUCGUGUUAUUAUUGGAACAUUUAAAAAUUUGGUUGAUAAAGCUCCAGAAGCCAAUUUACCUGCAAUGUUAGUUGCAAGAUUAUUAAAUUUUUGCGAGAAUUUAUCGAGUCGAAAAUGGUCUGAUAAUGAGAUUGUUGAAGACAUUGAAUUUUUGAAAGAUCAACUUCAAGAAAAUUUCCAUAGUUUGUCAACCUUUGAUGAAUAUGCAUCAGAAAUUUCUUCUGGUAUGCUUCAAUGGUCGCCACCACACGAAUCCGAUCAAUUUUGGAAACAAAAUGUUACAAAGUUAAAUGAGAAAGAUUAUGAAUUGUUAAGAAUUUUGGCAAGAAUGCUUAGUCAGUCUAAUGAUAAUGUAGUUCUUGCAAUCGCUGCACAUGAUUUGGGACAAUAUGUAAAAUAUUAUCCUAGCGGGAAAAAGUUUUUACAAGAAAUUGGUGCUAAACAAAGAAUAAUGGAACUCAUGACACAUGAUGAUACAGAAGUUCGUUAUAGAGCAUUGAUAGCGGUUCAAAAAUAUAUGACACAUGCAUGGUAA